GCCGCGCCGCCUCCGAGCCGCGGCCAUGGCGGGCUUCGUGAGGGAGCUGGAGCGGCGGGCCGGGCCGGCGCUGCGCCUGGAGCAGCGGGCGGCCGGCGGCGUGGGCUGCGUGGUGUGGGACGCCGCGCUGGUGCUCGCCAAGUUCCUGGAGACCGGCGCUUGUCCUCUCGCCCGCCGCCACGUCCUGGAGCUGGGCGCGGGCACCGGCGCCGUCGGCAUCAUGGCAGCCACGCUGGGGGCGAACGUGACGGUCACAGACCUGGAGGAGCUGCAGGAGCUGUUGAUGGUCAAUAUUGAGAAUAACAAGCACCUGGUCACAGGGUCCGUCCGAGCCAAGGUACUGAAAUGGGGUGAAGAUGUAACAGAAUUUCAGCCUCCCCCCGAUUAUAUACUCAUGGCUGAUUGCAUUUACUAUGAGGAGUCCUUGGAGCCCUUGCUGAAGACCCUGAAGGACCUGACAGGCCCUGACACUUGUGUCCUGUGCUGCUAUGAACAGAGGACUAUGGGGAAGAACCCUGAAAUUGAGAGAAAAUACUUUGAGCUGCUUCAGAGGGACUUUGAGCUGGAGAAGAUUCCCCUGGAUCGGCACGACGAGGAGUAUCGGAGCGAGGACAUCCACAUCGUGAGCAUCCACAGGAAGCAAGUGAAUUUGCCGUCGUGAGAUCUUUGAGCACGGGAUCUGUCCCCUGGCAGAGCUCUGGACAAGCGGGGAUGGGAUGGCACCGCAGAGGGACUGUCUGCGCUGUGGUUGUGACUCCUCUGCGCCGAGCAGCUCCUGGCUGGCCGGCUCGGCAGUGCAGCUGUGGGCUGGCCGUGUGUGUGCCCGGGGAGGCGGGGAAUGGAGCCGGGGCCGGCGCUGGUGCCGCUGCUGGGCUGCGGGAGCGGCGCUGCCGAGCGCUCACCGAGGAAACCGCGCUGACACCGCCGGGAGGGCAAGGCUGGGAGCGGCUCCAGCGGCCGGGCAAUAAAACUGGUGCGGGAGUUGGGUUUCACGUGGUGGGUUGUUCAUUCGUCCUGUGCCUCCUGUGUCAUUCCCUCCUGGGAGGCUCGUUGCUGUCGUGUGGUGAUUCCUGCACAGAUAAAACGUGCCUGUGCAAAAUCGUUCUGCCUUCUGUUCUCACCUGUGCUUUUCCGGUGCAAAGAUCUGCAGUGUUCAGGUUUGACACCUUCAGGUUAUUCUGGUGAGCGGGUUCCUUGUGGCUGUUGGUGUUUCUGCCUCUUGGAGCUCAGUGGUGGCUUAGAGGGGGAAUUUUUGCAGGAAUUCUCACUCUUCUGUGGUGGAAGCAGCUGUGGAAGUUGGGUCUGUGACAGAGGCACGAGUUCCUGUGGCUGAGUUUUCUCUAAGAAGCUGCUGGAUUGGGAAGAGCUUUGUUUGCAGGCUCCCAGGAGUUUCCUGCACCUGCCCUGAGUUCAGGCUCUCUUUAUCUCCAGUAAGAAUUCCUUGCAAAGUUCCCACAUCCUAAAACACUGUCCUGGCUUGCCGAGCGCGGCGGCGAUGAUUAGCGAGCGCGAGAACCUAAUUUGUCAAACCACACGGGUUAUUUGUUACCUCGUUAUGAAAAGAGCUCCUUAAUUACCCAGUGGCCUGCAGGAAGGGAUUUACUGGAAUGUUUAUACCAAUGCGGCUUCCCAAGUGGAAGCUCUUGUUCCAGAAAAAUGAGGUAAAGAUCCCCAAAUCUCAGCAGUGGUGGGGAUGAUGUCACACUGGGACACUCUGGCACCCUGCUUGGUGGUGGGGGUGAUGCAGAAGGGAGCAGCCUUUCCCAAGGGUUUGGAGCUGAUGGAAUAACUGAGUUUUAUCUACAGGAUAUGUGGUAUCAGCACUUCCUUUUGCACAGGGCUCGGAUCUCUUCUUCAGAAGAAAAGGGGAAGAAGUUGUGCUUUUUCUUCCCUGCUGGUUGCUGAUCUGCUGUGUCCUCAGCUUUGGGCCUGCGUCACCCAGGCUGUGGCUGUCCCUGAGUGACAGGGACCUCGUGGGAGGGGGCUGGGUCGUGUCACCCCCUGCGUCACCUCCUGUCACCGGCUGCACCCGGCGAGGGGAUGUAGAACCCAGCUGCUGCUGCUGCUGCUGCUCUGCAGCUGCGAGAGGAAACGCCACUAACCAGGGCAGCAGGGCGGGGCCCCCUGUCCCCAGGGCCACCACGUGAAACGGCUGCUUCUUGGGGAGAAAAAAGGGCUUUGGGAAAGGGGAUGAGAUCCUACUGGGGCUCAGCUGCACUGUGUCUGGGAGGCUGCCUCCUCUGAGCCAGGAGAGGGUGUGGAGCCCUCAUGGAAAAUGGGAUGCGAGGGAGGUGGUGAUCCUGCCUCUUGCCAACCUCUCUGUUCUCUCACCUGUCCUGUUUGUCCCAGUUGGACUUGUCCUGAUUCCUUGGAGAGUGUUUUGGUGCCUCUUCCAUUAAACACAGGCUCUUUGGAGAAGUCUGGCUGUAAGAGAGUCAGGCUCUGCCCAGCCUGUGGGGCAUAGCAGGUGCUCUGGAGAACUCGUAUCCCUGGCAGUUCCUCCUGCCAUGCCAGCCCUCUCCAUGUGAGAGAGCUCACCCUGGGCUCUGCCUCCAGGCUGGCUGUGGUGGGAACCAGCAGCACCAAAUCCACCACAUCCCAGCUGGGUACCCACCCUGUGCCUCACCUUGCUGAGAUUUGGUUGUGUCCUCACAAGAGAGAGCAGAAACCUCCCCGUGCUGCUGCUGUGGGAGCUGCUUUAGUGUCACAUUUGGGAGUUUGCCUAAAGUCAUGCUUAAAUUGUGGAUAAUUUUCUGGCAUGGUUUCAACACCAGCCAAGCCAUGGGAAACUGUGUGGGCUGUGGGUGCAAGGUCAUGGGUGAUUUUCCUGGGAGAGCCGUGGUGCUCCUGUGCUGCCUCAGCCCACAGCCCUGCCCUGUCCCUCUGGUGACAGCAGUGGCAGUGCCACCAUCCUGUGGUGCCUCUCCAGGGCUGCUCGCUCCUGGCUGUGGCAGCCAGUGGAGUUGUUCCAGCUCCACUUGGACCAAGGGCACGCUGUCCAGGAGGGAGCACAGUGUGCAAUGCCAGCUCAGCACCAGCCACGUCAGUCACUGAUGGCUUCUUGUCAUGGUGUCAGUCACAAACUGCAGGACCCUCAAUGCUCCAGGGGUAUUUUUCCCUUUUCUAGGACAAGCAGGAGAUGCAGGGUGGCUGCCAGGAGGAGUGCUGGUGUCCAGAUCUGGCCGUCCAUGAGUGAUUCCUGGUGCUGCUGCAGAGCCCCUGGGACUGUGUGAGGCCGGGACCUGCUCCCACACAUCCCACAGGGCUGGUGGCUUUGCUUGGGAAAAUGUCCUCCCCAGCUGUGUAAUCGUUUGCCAUGGCAUGCAGUCCUGGACAAAUGGAUUCUCCUCUUAGAAAGUGGCACUUCUUGCGUGCAGCAUUGAGGAAGAGGGUUUUUAUUCCUGUGGAUCUGCUCUCGCUCCCCCCAGCUGCAGUGGGCUCCCGGUCCGUUAAACGGUGCCUUGGUUCAUUGUGUGGCUGCUGCUGCUGUUGUGCCACUUCCUGAGCCCCAGCCAGGGAGCAAACGGCACAGUGACAAUGGCAGGUGACAGUCACUCAGCAGCUCAGUGACAGGAGGUCACAUCCAGGGGCUCUCCCAUCCCUGCUGCACCUGCCCCCCACCUCAUGGGGCCCUGGGAGGUGGGCAGUGCAUGGAGGGCUUGGACCAGGAGGAAUGGCUUCCCACUGCCAGAGGCCAGGGUUAGACUGGAUAUUAGAGAGAAAUUUUUGGUUGUGAGGGUGGGGAGGCCCUGGCACAGGGUGCCCAGAGCAGCUGUGGCUGCCCCUGGAUCCCUGGCAGUGCCCAAGGCCAGGUUGGACAGGGCUGGGAGCAGCCUGGGACAGUGGAAGUUGCCCUGCCCAUGUCAGGGAGUGGAACAAGAUGAGCUUUGAGGUCCCUUCCACCCCAAAUCGUUCAGGAAUUUCAUGAUUUCAAACCCCAGGUAUUUUGGCAGCCCAGCCUGGGGGAUGGGGACACUCCUUGGUGACAGUGGUGGUGUGGAUGUGGCUCCAUGGCCUGGCACUGCCCCACGAGUGCCUGUAGGGCGUGCCAGGAGAGGGAUCCCAGCCUUCCCCUGCUGAAAUGGUGUGGGUUUGAUCUGCUUGCUGCUGCUGCAGUGUCCUGUCAUCCCAGGCUGGGGAAGCCGUGGGACCGCAGUCUUGUGGUCUCCUUUCACAUCCUGAAACAAAAAAAAAGAAAGUUUCUUUUCUGAGGCCAUGCAAACCAUGAGGUUUGUGCAGCACAGGGGCCCGGGAGCUCCUGUUCCUGCAGCCGUGGGCAGCCAGAGCUGUGGUUUCCAGCCCUGAGCCCCAGGGAGUGACCAGGACCUCCAGGGUGAUGGGGGCACACGUUUGUGUCCCAAGUUUAGUGUCUUCUUCUGAGGAUCAGCUUCUCCCAGCACCCACCCCGUGUGAAGUGGAAGAAAGAUGACAAGGAGCAGAGAAAGUGACUGAAAUUCUGACAAACUGUUUUGGCCUGUGGAGACAUUUCUGGAGGAUGUUUCCCAAAUUCCCCUGUGGGAUGGUUGUCUGGGUCCAGCCCAGAUUUGCCGUGGGAGGUUUUUCCCAUCCCUGAGAGCUUUGGGACCUCGUGCCCAGGCAGCACCUCCAUCCUCAGCAUUGUAAUUAUCCUGUGCCUGUUCUUCCUGCCCUCACCAGCUCCCCUGAGGAAUGUGGGAGCAGCCAAAGCCUUAUUGGGGUGACUGGGAUCAGGAGGUGAAACAGGGCUCCUGCUUUGGUGUGGCUGUUUCUUAAUCCUCUUGUGCUCCUGGAUUUGCUUUUUUGGGGUUUAUAAAAUAAGGAAAUCUAUAAAAUGGGAAAGGCUGUGGAAGUGAGAAGGCAGCGGUGGGCAGGAGGGAAGUGGGGGUGCCCCGGGGGCUGGGAUGUGGUCCCUGGUACCGUGCCAGCCCCACUGGAAGUGCAGGACAGCCCCGUGCCCAGCUGCCAGCAGGAGGGGAGGACGCGUGGCAGAGCCCUCUCUGCACGCUGCCAUGAGUUCACCCCCUUCCCUCCUCUCCCUGCGACCAAGAGGGAAAAAAGCCACGUUUCUCCCUCUGGAGAGCGUUUGCUCAGGGUGAUGCAGCGCUGGCAGCCGUGGUGCCCCAUCCCGGCAUGUCCCUGUCCCUGCGUGUCCCCGGCCGUGCUGAGCCCGCGCUUCCCAUUGUGCCCGAAUCCCCUGGCUCAUCCGUGUCUGCUCCGCUCCAGCGCAGCCAGCGGCUCACGGCGUCCGUGUCCCCCUGGGGGGCAGCCAUCGGCCGCUUCUGCUCCGCUCCGCUCUGCCCGGCCCGCCUCCCGCUCCGCCCCAGCGCAACCCGGGGCUCUGCCCUGCUGUGCAUCCCUGCCUCCAAACCCCUCCGGGCUGGCUCUGCACCCCUAGAGGCAAACAGUGCCGCUGUGCCCGUGCCGGGGCUGCGUGUCUCCCUGCCUGCUCCCUGCCUCUCCGCACACAUCCGUGCCCACAGUGGUGCCCGGAGCCAUUCCCAGUGCAGGCUCUGGGAAUCUGCUCUGAAGCUACGGAUGAAGUUGGUGACAGUUUCUGUGGGUUUUGCUCCCUCUGCCCAGCCCAGCUGAUGCCUGGUGGGCUCUGAGGGCUGGCAGGGCUGUGUGGAGGAAUGUUGUCCACACUUCCCUGUGGAUUCCUCCAGCCACCCUUGCUGAGUUCAGGAUCCCAUAGGAUGCCUUAAAUAAUAAAAAAAAACCAAACAGAAAUAACCUGGAACAGCUGCCCCCAGGCUGCUGCGUCACCCUGCUGAGCAUGUUCAGGUGCUAAAUCCAGCAUGGCUGGUUUGGGGACAGGGCAGCACUUUUUUGGGGAAUGCACCAUUUUUGGGUGAGUACAUCAAUUCUGGGAUGCUCAUUUUAGGGAGAGCAGCAUGGAUUUGGGUGUUGCUUCCCACAGCAUUUUCUGGCACAUGCAGGACCCUGAGACAUCCAAGAGCCCUGACAGGAGAGGAAGUGAAGUGGGAUGGAACAGGUGGGCUCUGUGAAUCCCACAGGAGCUGGAAGGCUCCCACUGGAGCCAGGAGGUGCCCAGGGAAGCCGGGAGGAUCCCACCACCCACACCAGGGCUGAGUCACUCCUGCAGGUCUGGCACACUCGGGAGUGCUUUGCACCCACCACCCCAUGGCCUCCAUCCCAUCCAGGUGCCCAAUUUCCUUGGAUUGGAGAGCGAGGAGUUAAGCAGCUACAGGCUUGUGUGGAUUUGGGCCAGAUAUUUAAAGAUGCAGGGCUGGGAAGGGAAAGGGGAGGUGUGAUACUCUCCAAACGCUCCCUGCAAACACCUCAGAGGCUCCUGCUGCCGUCCCCGCGCUCCCGACAGCGGCUGCCGGGGGAGAGGCACAAAAUGCCUUGCUGCUAUUUUUGGCUCUUCCACGGUGUCAUUAGAAUAAUCUGGGAUUGGAGAAUAUUGCUGGAAGGUAGAACUCAAAAUGUGAACUUCGGGAAGCUGCAGGGUUGAGGUGGUGGGGAUGGAGAGGAGACACAUGGCAGUGGUCCAGGGGGAGCUGCCCAGGGAGCACCGGUGGUGACAGGGACGAUCCGUGCUGCUGUGACACAGCAAUUAAUAGGCAUGUCCUUAAUUACAUCCCAGGAGAGGGGGUUUAAAUAGAGAUGAGGCACCUGCCAGGGUGGGUUAUCCAGGCCAACGGGACGUGCUCAGCCCUGGGCCAGUGCUGGGGACAUGUUUGCAGCCUUGUCACUGGUGGCACCAGGCUCCUCGCCCUGUCCACGACAGUGUCCCAUCAGUGCAGGCCUUGCAAGUGCUGUCUGGAGCCCAAUGUGUUGGGAAUAAAAUGCAUCAGGAAGAGCUGAGCUAAAUGGAGGAGCUCAGCAAGGCCCUGUCAGGGAAUGUCCUGCUGAACCAGGACCAAACCAGCAGGAACUACACCCAGAAGUGGCUCCCUCUGAGCUGGAGCUCAUGCAGGAGUCACAGCCCUGGGCACUGGCCCAGCUCACAGCCAUCCUCAGCCCCUCUCAGGUCACCUGCCCUCAUCCUCCUCCUCCUCCUCCUCCUUUGCCCCUUGGACAACUUGGCAAAGUCCAAAGCUAAACAUUAGCUCAGGUGUGGGAGCAGCAGCCAGUGGUCAGUGUGCCGCCCACAGCCUCCCCUGGCAGGUUGGACCUCGUCCCCUGGCACUCAGCCUCUGUUUCCCUGUGUUUCUCCACCUCAUUAAGGCCCAGCCUGGUCCUUCUGCAGCCCCUGGGGCCAACCAUCAUUUAUUCACCAAUUACUCAAUCUGUGCCUGGAAAAGCAGCAUCUCCCUGGCACAUCCUCAUUGUUCUGCUGCCUGUGCACCCUCCAGGUCCCCUUUCUAUCCCAGGAGCUUCACCAUCCCAAAAUUAUCUGAUUUCUCAUCCCAACUGCAGCUUGAGUUCAGCCUGGCAAAAGCUGAAAAUGCAAACUGUUGGCUUUUUCUUUGUUUUUUCUUUUUCUUCACUCUGUUUCUGGUGGGGGUUCACUGGGACCAUCCUGAAUUUGUGCUACCUCCAUGAGUCUUUUUUUCUUCUUGGCAAACAAGAUCAUGGGAAAAAAACUUGGGACCUUUGGGAGCGUGGCCAGGUUGGAGAACAUCCUUCUAAUCCCCAGCCAUCCUCUAUGCCAGGUUGGAUUUGGACUCGAGCAUCUUCCUCUGCAGCCAGACAUGAAACAGAGCUCAGAGGCUCAUGGCAAACCCUGAGCAAGUGGAAAUUAAGUCUUGGAGGCCGAGUGGGACCCACAGGGUGUUUGGAGCAGGGCCUUGGAAGCUGGUACCACAACCAAGACAACUGGGAACCUGGGGAAAAAAUGAUCCUCCCCAGCAGAGCGAUGGCCACGAGCUCCAGACCACCUCCCCUCCCUCACUCCUUGGCCAGACACAGCUCCCUGCUCUCUCUCGGGUCUUUUUUGGGGGAAUAAACCCCGCUCAAGGCAGGGGUGGCUCCUCCAGCCCCAGCGCUGCCGCCCCGCGGGCUCCUUGGAGCCGAUCCUGGCGCGGUUAAUUGGAUUUGGCCGCUGCGACAGAAGGGCCGGGGAUUAGGGAGAAGGGGAGGAAUUACCGGCGGGGGCGGGAGCUGCCCGCGGGGUCUUUUGUCCCCGGGGAUUAUUGGCAGGGGCUGAGGACAGGGCUGGAUGUUCAGGAAUUGCAGUCGGUGUGGUGGCUCUGUCACAGCACCGUGGGUGGCCCUGGGGAGGGUGUGGGGGACAUGGGCUUGACCCCCUCCGUGGACAAACCUGCAGCUCUCCUCAGGCUCAGAGCUCGGUGCUGGAAAUGAAGGAUGCUUCCUUUGUGGGAAGGAGGCUGCUCUGUCCUCAUCCAAACCCAGGCUUGCCCAAUGCACUGGACACAAACACCGAAAAAGUGUUAAACUAGAAGAAAAAAAAAAAAGAAAAAGCUCGGUGGUGCCAGCACUUGGGAUUUUUGGCAAUUCCCAGCUUGGGGAGGACACUGGAUCUGCUCCAGGUCAUCUGGGAGCUGAUAAACCAGCCAGAGCAUGGUUUAUCCAACCAACCCAAAAUUCAGAAGCCAGUGUCAGUGAGGAAGCAACAUAAGACGGAAUGGAAUAAGAUGGAAGUCACCAAGUCACCUCCCUGCUCAUCAGGCAUCCCCUGGACGAGACAAAUUCAUGUUGUGGCAGCGUGGGAAUUCCAGAGGCAACGCCUGGGGUCAAAUCCUGAGGACUUGGUGAGGCAGCAGGAGCCAGCUCAGACCGUGUCACCCUUUAUCUUGGCAGGGCACUGCCGUCCCCUCCCUCCUCCCAUAUUUAUUUUGGGAAACUGGGGAGAGCACGGCUCGUCCUUGCAGCCACGCUGCUCUGCAGGACCCAGAUCCACCUGGGAGCGCCGGGAGCUGCUCGGGGCAGGUUGGGGCAGCCCGGGAGCAGGAAAUACCUGCUGCACCUCCUGGCAGGGACUACGGGCGUGGCCAGGGGGCGUGGAUGCCACGGCCUGAGACUCUGCUCCCAGACUCUGCUCCCGGACUCUGCUCCCAGACUCUGCUCCCAGACUGCUCCCGGACUCGUGGCUUCAGCCAUAAAAAAAAGAGGAUGAGUGACCAAGGGAUCAGGAGAAGUGCCCUUUGUACCAUCACAGCCCAGGAGCUGUGGGAAGAGGCACCAGCCUGCCUGAGGAUGGCCAGAAAUCUCCUUUUCCACCCAAAUCUCCUUUUCCAGCCAAAUCUCCUUUUCCACCCCAAUUCCCAGCUCGCAACCAAUAUCAACAGGUCUGGCAAAGCCAGGAAUGUGAUUUCACUCAGGGAAAACUGGGUGAUGCCAUAGGGGUGGGAUGGCAGCAGGACAGGCUCUGCUGCGGGUCUGUGGUCAGCCUGACAGUCUUUGGUUUCUCCUGCAGGAGAGCAGGGAGGUUUCACACUGCCCAAGGCGGUGCUCAGCGUCCACCGUGCAGGAGUUAAUUGGGUUUUCUUUAUGUUAAUUGCGAGGGGAAGUGAAGAAUGCCCUUAAUUAAUUGGAGGGCAAGUCAGCCGUGCAGAACGGGCCAGAUUUACCAACCCAUGCACAAAAAUCCCGGCUCUCCCCCUUGCCAUAGCAACGGGAAAACUCAGGGGAUUCUGCUCAUUCAGCCAAAAAAGCAGCCGGGAUACCCUCCGGUGUUACCCUCACUGCUGAACACGCCCUUCACAGGGAAAAUUAAGACUCCAAAUAAUAUUUUUUUGGGAUUAAAAGACUCCUGGGGAGGUCUGGGUGCAUGGAAUGGUUGGAUUUGCCUUGUGCUGAGGGGCCUUGGUGGGGUUUGAUGGGACCUGUCCUGACUGGAGGCAUCUUCAAGAUGCAGUGCUGAGCCCUGGGAAGGUUGUUUGUUCCAGGAGGGAUGUGGUUCACUCCAGCUUCUCCCACCCCUCUUCCCAGCGUGACCUAAAUCCAUCUGCCUGGGAAGAGGGGUGGGACUAACAUGUUCCCCUCUGCAUAAAUAAUAAUAAAACAAUCUGCCCUAAAAAAAAAAACACAACUCACUCUUGUGAAUCAAACUUUGGGAGCAGGGAAAGGCUUUGGAGAGACCCCAGAGCUCGCCUCCACAGCCGCUCCCAGUGGGAAAUUAGAUGUUUUCUCCACUUCCAUCCCAAGCCUGAAACAUCCCUGCCCAGACAGCUGGUUCCACAGGUCCCAAAAAAAACCCCCUGUGUGAGUAUGAAAAUCAUAUUGAAAAGAGCUGAAAUUUAAUUAGGUCACAUCCUUGUGAUCUGGUGAUGCAAAUGAGCGCCUGGCACACCGAGGCUCUGCCUGGAAAAUGUGACAGCGGUUAAUGAGGAAAGCACGCCGGUGGGAUUUCCCUCCCAAGCUGAGCAGCUGGGGAAAACAUCAGGAAAACUUUGUAUCCCUGUGGAUUGCUGUCAGCUGACACCCUCCUGUGGGGCUGCUCCUGGCCUGCAGCAAACCAGGGGCUCCCACGCGGGGCUGCGGCGUGGGUGAUGCUCCUGGGCAUGGGGGUGAAGUCAGUCCCUGGACUGGCACUGCCAUUCCCACUGGAGCUUUCCCUGGGAGGCCAACGGGCACUGCCAACCCCCCAGCUGUGGGAUGUGGGUCAGUAUUGACCCUCUGAUUCAUCCACACCCACUGUGGGUGCCAUGGAUUGAUGAGUGGGUUCUGAAGUUCAUGCUCCAGUUUGUGGUGCUGAGGUUGAGCCCCCAACAUCUCCGUGCUGGGGCUGAUCCCACCUUCCUUUUGGGGAGAAAACCCAAUGUUUUUUAUACAUGCUGUCCUGGGUGUGAAUCCAUGGGGAGAGCUCCCCACAGGACCCUUGGGGGGUUUCUCAUGAUCCCCCAUAUCUCUUGUUGCCUCUGGGAUCAAACAACUCUCCACUUCCAGCUUUGGCUCUGGAAAGUGAAAGGAAAACCUUCUCCCAACCCCAGCAGCAGCUUUUUCACCACAUUCCCGUGAUCCAGCCUCCUGCAACCCCACUUGAGAUGUCUCAGAUAUUUUACACACACUUCUAAGUCUCAGUUUGGGAGGAGAGAGCCAGGCCACAGCUCCAUUGCUUGGCAACAGAUUUCCUUCCCAAAAAUCCCACCCCAAACCCAAGUGUUAUAUAUAAUUCAGUGGGAAGGCCCGCAGGCAACGCCCUGAAAAUGCUGCUGGGGCAGCCUGAGCUGUGAGAGCUUUGUGGAAGGGAUAUUUUGGGAAGAGGGGAGUUGGUGCCGGGAACACACGGUGGGGAGGUGCUCCCAGGGCUUCACACUUGUGUAAAGAAAGGGCAGAAAUGCCCAGAUCCACUUCCUGCGUCUCCCACAAACCAAAAGAGGAUGGUGUGUCUGCCCAAAAAUCACAUGGCAGCACUCAGGGCCACAUCAGAGCCUUCUUUUCCUUGCCAUGAGCCCCCUGCAGCCCAGGGAAGCUGUGGCUGCCCCUGGAUCCCUGGAAGGGUCCAAGACCACUGUGGACAGGGUUUGGAGCAGCCUGAGAUGGUGGAAGGUGGAACUGAUGAGCUUUGAAUUUCCUUCAAAAGCAAACCCUUCUGGGAUUCUGUAACGUGUGGUGUCAUCGGGUUUAUCUGAUCCAUAAAAAUCUGGGAUUCGUUCGACAUGAAUGGAGAUAAACUUUUCCAUUUAUUUAUAUAUAUAUAUAUAUAAAUAUAAAUAUAAAUAUAAAUAUAAAUAUAAAUACAUAUGAAUCUUU